AUGUAGUCUCUUUCCGCCCUAGCGCUGUUGCCGGGGGCAACGGUCCCAUCUGGCAGCCGUGUUUGGCCGAAGCCCGGUGGCGGCCUCUGCGGAUGGACAUCGUGGGAGGAGGGAAACUUUCAGAAGAGCUAGAUGCCGAAAAACCUGGUGUGGUGGUCGGGCUUCCCCUCUGACCCGCAGAAUGGCCGGGGCCAAAUCUUCUCCUGAGCUUCAGUUACAAAAAUAUUAAUAAAGGUAGCUGUCGAUGUGCCUCCGCUUCCUCUUUACCACGUCCUUCCAGCUAAAAGCCCAUUAAAAGCAGAAUGGCUUCCAUAAGAAGAGCCAGCCAUCCCGCGCACAAUAUUUUUGGUGAUUUUAGUGAUAUUUCCUUAGAAGAUUCAAAAAUGGAAGAAAUCAGAAACUUGAAAAUCAGUAGAAGUCUUACCAAGAUAGCACCUGCUCAUAGCAGAUUUCUAAAAGGAAACCAAACCAUGGGUGUAAAACACUCACUCCUGAAAGAGAAGGCUGUUGUGGAUGGUGGGCACAAGCUCUCCUCAGGGAGACCCCUGACCACUGCCUCGAAGCUCAGGGCCAGCGCCGCGCUCACAAAGCUGGCUCAGAUAGAAACCAAGAUUAUGAACCGGAAGGCGCAGAUGGUUUUGUCAGACAUGGAAUCUGACCUGAAGACCUCUGGGGAGAGUCUUCCAAAGAGCACAGACACAGUCCUUCCCAGGAGUACAGUCGAACUUUCUUCAUACAGCCUGGAAAAAACCUCCCAGAAACAAGCCCAUGAAAUUCCUGUGGCUGAAAGAGGCGCGCAGAAUGGGAAGGUCAGUAGGUUUCUAAAGAGGAGGGAACCACCCGUUGAAAAUACUUUCCCUGAAGCACAUUUUGGAAAAGAGAGGAAUUUUCAAACACCCAAAGAGAAAAAACCUGCUAGAAAACUAGCUUCUCCAGACAGCGAUGAGGAGGAAAUGAAAGAGUUGCUUGGAAGCCUGAUGGAAUCUUCUAGAGAAAAAGAAACAUACACGAGUCAACAUUUCAGAAGCCCCAAAGUCAGUGAAAAAGAACAGACAAAACUAUUCUCGGAUCGGAUCCCAACUCAGCCAAGAAUCCUUUCGCCACCCAGUGAGGAACUUUCCAGCCCAAAGUCAUUUCGGACAUCACGUCUGCCAGGCUCACAGUCCGCAGACGGGACCCUCUGCAGCGUGCGUUCUAGAGCUCGCUCCUCACAGACUCACACUUCGGGGGACACGGCCACCCGCACGGCAUCGCUUCCCAUCACUGGCCCCUCUCCAAAGUCAGCCUCCGUGGUGCAGCAGGACAAGCUCUCCUCCUCCCCUGGAAGGAGUGAGGCUGGGCCUUGUGAUGAGUCACUCUCAGAGGCUGCCAAUGACAGCCUGAACGAUUUUCGAAUCAAUCUUUUAUCCCUUGAAGAUCUGGCUCCAGCUGUCAGCGAGAACUCAAACCUGGAACAGAGAAAAGAAGGCCAGCGGGAUGAGGCAUCCAGCCGAAGCCCCCAGGCCGGGGGAGCCCUCACUCUCAGCGAGGUCUCAGAGUUCCUGAGUGAGCCGUCGGCUCCCAGCCCGAGGCCGAAGUCUCGGGAGCCCACAGCGAGCACGGUGAGCUCGGCUUACUCGGAAGAUUUUGAAACAGCAUCCGAGUCGAGGGCCUGUUCUGAGGAGUCUCCCGACAGGACGCUGGAUGCUUCGACAGAAUUCUCUGCAAGUCUGCAGCCAGACCUUGCCCUGCCAGCACUGAAGCCUUGGAAGAAGCAGGUCAGGGACGUUACGAGAGUCCUCGUGAAGGAGACAGCCGUGCAGACCCUCGAUCCUGCCUUCACCUACCAGUGGGCAGAGGGGGCCGGCGUAGCGGCCAUCGGGCCUGCCCUGGGAGGUGCUUACGUGGACCCUGUGCCCAUUGCCAGUCAUGUCGUCAGCGUGGACUCGAUAGAAGCCCUGACAGCCUACAGCCCGGCCGUGUUGGCGCUGAAUGACAUGCUGAAGCAGCAGCUGAGCCUGAUGCAGCAGUUCGUGGAGGCCAGCCGGCACCUGCACGGGUCCCUCCUGCGGUCCCUGGACCGGGACUCGUUCCACUACCACACCCUGGAGGAAACCAAACAGUACAUCAGGCAGCACAGGCCUGCCCCGCUGUCCAUGGAGGACGCCCUGCAGGAGGUGAAGGAGGAGCUGUGAGCACGCAGAGGUGACCGUGGUGGGGGCAGGUGGCACAGAGGACUCUCCUAAGUGGAAUCCCAGCUCCAGCCUUUCCGGAGUGCUUGACGCUCCCAGCCCCCACCUCCUCGGGGUGCCC